CUCCUCGCCCCCACCUCUUCCCCCCAGCGGAGAGGAAGAGCAGCGACAAGUGAACAACAAGCCGAGGCAAGGAAGAUAGGAAACUGCAUAGCGAGUGAAUGGAGCAGUGUGCGAGUACGGCCUCCCUGCUGGCCUCGGUGCGGGAGCAGGAGAGGCAGUUUGAGAUGCUGAGCCGAGCUCUGGAGGAGGAGCGGAGGUCGUGUGCCGGCACCCUGCCCCGCCCCCUCCCCAACAUGCAGAACGGACGCAUUCCUUGUGAUGCAGACAUAGAGAGGCUGACACUGAACGAGGGUUACAUCAACGGGACACAUCAUUUCAGGAUGGAGCCUGGUCAGGUGGUGCAGGAGACAUACACGGUGGAGGAAGAUCCCCAGGAGGCGCCACCUGUUGUCUCUGUGGAGACCGGUGAAGAUGGGACCACAAGGCGCACAGAAACCACGGUAAAGAAAGUAGUAAAGACUACCACCACUCGCACAGUCAUCCCCUCUGUGUCAGACACACUUUCUCUGGAUGGUGGGGGUUCAGUGACAGGCAUGGGGGGCUACCCUGCACCAAUGGUCUACAGACAGGGACCCAGCGUUGGCGUGCCCAUGGACUACCCCACUCACACUGUGCCCCGCAACUACCAAUACGGACCACCGGUGGCUUACGACGACUACCGAACUGGGCCCCCAUCUGAGACCUACACAAGCCUGAGCAGAGGAGCUCGCAUGGAUGAUCGCUACAGACCGGUCCAUCAAGACGGUUACAGAACUCUGGAUCCAAGCUACAGGGCCCCCAGCAGGAACCAGCUGGACCCCUAUGCUGCUCAGCCACAGGUUGGGCGUAUGGGAAGUGCCAUGGAGCUGUCCUCCAUGACAAGGUUCAUCCCAGAGCCGUAUGGUCUGGAGGAUGACCAGCGCAGCAUGGGCUAUGAUGAGCCCGACUAUGGCAUGGGACACCCAAUGCACUACAGCACCAUGCCUCACAACCACAAUGCAUUCCCCCAUGGGCCCCCACGCAGGACUGGGAGUUACGAGGGCACCUUGGAUGGCGACAUGAGCGGCCCAGGGGACAUGUACUUUUGGGGAGGAGCGCCGUUGGCCCAGGGGGAAAGAGGUAGCAUGGCUUCAUUGGACAGCACUUUAAGGAAAGGUCCCGGUCCUGGCCCCAGUGGCUGGCGUCAACCAGAGCUGCCUGAGGUCAUUGCCAUGCUGAACUACAGGCUGGACCCGGUCAGGAGCAACGCAGCUGCAUUCCUGCAGCAUCUCACUUAUAAGAAUGAUAAAGUGAAGUGUGAUGUGCGUCGACUGAAAGGCAUCCCAGCGCUGGUCUGUAUGCUUGACAACCCAAACAAAGAGGUUCACUAUGCAGCCUGUGGAGCCUUAAAGAACAUCUCGUAUGGCAAAGAUCAAGACAACAAGAUCGCCAUCAAGAACUGUGACGGAGUGCCUGCUCUGGUCCGGCUGCUGAGGAAGACCCGUGACCAGGACCUCACUGACACCAUCACAGGGACGCUGUGGAACCUGUCGUCUCACGACUCUGUGAAAAUGGAGAUUGUGGACCAUGCACUGCACGCCCUCUCUGACGAGGUGAUGGUGCCUCAUUCAGGCUGGGAGCGAGGGACCAACGGAGCAGGAGGAGAGGAGAACUGCAAGCCCAGACAUCUUGAGUGGGAGACCUCCCUCACCAACACAGCAGGCUGUCUAAGAAAUGUGAGUUCAGAGCGAAGUGAGGCGAGGAGAAAGCUGAGGGAGUGUACAGGAUUGGUUGAUUCGCUCAUGUACAUCGUCCAAUCCCAGAUUGACUUUAAAGAAGUCGACAAUAAGUUGAUAGAGAACAGCGUGUGUCUGCUGAGGAACUUGUCCUAUCAGGUGCAUCGUGAAAUCCCCGGCUGUGAACGCUACCAGGAGGCCGCGCCCCUCAACCAAGGCCCCGCCCCCUCCAGCCAGAAGGGUGGCUGCUUCAGCUCCCGCAAGAGCAAAGAUGAGUGGUUUUCCAAAGGUAGAAAAGAUGAAGAUGCAGCUGCAGACAUAAUAGACAUUCCAAAGAGGACCACACCAGCUAAAGGCUAUGAGCUGCUGUACCAGCCGGAGGUGGUCCGCAUCUACACCUCUCUGCUGAAGGAGUCCAAGAACCCCACCGUGCUGGAAGCCUCGGCUGGAGCCGUUCAGAACCUGUGUGCCGGACGCUGGACUUAUGGGCGAUACAUUCGUGCCUUGCUGCGCCAGGAGAAGGGUCUGCCCAUGAUGACUGAGCUGCUGGCCCACGGCAACGACCGUGUGGUCCGCGCCAUGUCUGGAGCCCUCCGUAACAUGGCCAUUGACGCACGCAACAGAGAUCUACUAGGUAAACAUGCGGUCCCUCACCUGGUGGCCAACCUGCCUGGCGGCGGUCAGAGUCAGCCAGUGCGAGCGCUGUCAGAAGAGACGGUGGUGUCGGUACUGAGCACGCUCCAUGAGGUGCUGGGCUCCAGCCUGGAAGCAGCCAAGACCCUCAGGGCCUCACAGGGAAUUGAGAGACUGGUGCUCAUUAACAAGGACGGUAAUCGUUCUGAGCGGGAGGUGCGUGGAGCAGGCCUGGUGCUGCAGACGGUGUGGGGCUACAAGGAGCUGCGGCGCACUUUGGAGAAGGACGGCUGGAAGAAGACAGACUUCAUGGUCAACUUAAACCCUCCCAGCAACAACACCAGAGCAAACGGAGGAUAUGAGGACAGCACUCUGCCGCUCAUAGACAAAGGUGGCAAAGGGGACCGGGAUAUGAUCCCAAUGAAUGACAUGGGACCAGAUGCCUACUCCACACUGGACCAAAGGGGGAGACGGAACACUUUGGAUAACACACUCGAACCUGCUGACAAAGAUGCAGUACAGAAAAACUGAUUGUGUGCAUCACAAGACGACAACCUCCUCCCACCUACUGCCCUUGCUGAACUGACUAUGGCGGACUACUACACUAUCGAUGGGACUAAACGCCAUCCUUCACACUCAAAUCUUCUGUCCCUCUUCACUCUAUUGCAGCCUCUCUUCUUCUCUCUUUCACUUUGUUACAUUCCUCCAUUGCAGCUGACAAACUAAUGGAACCACUCAGAAAAAACUGACGUGGAUCUGCGCUCCCUGUGGACAACUGGACGAGACACUAUGACCACUUUGUGCUCUGCAAGUCCCUGAACUCCAAAAUGCUAACCACUCAGUCAGAUACCGGGGCCACAACACUACAUCUCCACGCUACACUACUACACUACAACUAGCUUGGACAACGCUAAUUCUCUCUUUGACGAAGAGCAGAGACUGUGGCUUCAUCUGGGAACUUUUCUAUUUCUUGGAGGUGGGAGAUUAGACGUAGACCAGACUAAUUAGAAAGUUUGGAUCAGAACAGGACACUUUAUGUUGAAAUUUUGCAUACAUGGCAUUGACGAAAUCAAGGAAAUGCUUCCUUCGCUCUCUCUCUGAUGUUUAAAUACUACAAAAAAAAUGUUUUCCUACCACUGAUCUAAUCAGAUAUAUGUAAAGCUUCUGCCUCUGUUUUGGUAGUGGUUGUUUCUCUUCUUGCUUUGCUCUGUACCACAGUGAUGUACAUGUGCCAAAUGACACUGCUACUGCUGCGACUGCCAAUACUGAAUGCAAGAACUUCACUCAACUUUUACAGCAGCUACACUGAAAAUGCUUUAUGUGUGCAGCUUGUGUCGGUGACCGCCCAGCAACAAGAUGCAUGGGGAUGCUGCAUUUUCUGUAUUUGAUUGUGAUCCACAAAUAUAAAAGGGUGGUGGUUUCAGUAUGGAUAUUCUUACAGACCGAAAUAGAGCAGACGAUAGAGAAUAGACGGUAUAGUCUGUUUCUGUUAAAUGUAAGCCCCACAACAUUGUAAUUCUUAGGAGAUAUCACAGGAUUUGUGGGGUCCAUUUACUUGUAUCGGCAGGUCUGUCAUCAAUGUGUACAUACCAGGCGGUCUCUAACAGCAUCUGUGUGGGAUAACUGGAGUGCCUCGCUCAUUCAGGAUAGGUCUGAUGGGUGUGCCCAACAUGACAUGGGUGACCAAUCAUGGUGUCUUUUUCUUCUCAGCAGGUUACUAGUUGGGAAUACUGUAUAUGGAACUCAUCAGUUUUCUAUUCUGCAAAAAAAUGUAAUAUGUGAACUUGUACGUAUGUAAGACUGGAUUCUUGUUAAUGGAAUUGGUUAUUUUUAUAAGAUAUAAAACUCUUGAGUUCUGUAUAACUUACUGCUUCUCAACCCCAUAGCCUAGCUGGCUUUAAGACUACAUAACAGUACAUGGGAGAAGAAGCAGUAUUGUCUGUUUGUGCCCACAUUUCUUAAGUACAGUGCUUGUUCUGUAGAAGAAUACUUAUUCUUAGUGCCGAGUGAGAUGUAGAUACUUACUGAGUGGAUGAUUAAAAGAAGCACUAGGGGGGUGUAAUGUGUUUUUCUUUCUUUGUGUUACCUUUUAAUUUGUUUGUUAUCCAUCCCAAUUGAAACACAGACAGAGGGUGCCUCUUUUUCUCAAAGUAACAAGUUGCCUUCGAGAAUGGACUGACUAAAAGAGGAGAGCAAGGGUUUGUGUUAGAGCAUCGCAGUGUAAGAAGGCAGAGACCAGAUUUUGCUAUAAAAUAAAAGCACAUUUAAACUAUAUACAAGAGUAUAUUUGUUAAUUUUAAUGGUUUUAUGUAUUACUUUUUUAUAUUGAUUUGGGUUCAAUUGUUUUUGGGUGCUCUUGGUGAAUGCAUAUGCAAUCAGUUUAUCUUUUGAUUGAAAACAUUCAGUCUGUAUCUCAAUUAAAUGCAAAACAAGUUAGCUAAACAAAAUCAUCCAACAUAGUCAUCAGAUACUGGAUCACUAAUGAAAAAAAGAAAUCUCAUUCUGGACUACACCUUAAUCUCUUUGCCUUGGCUCUUAAAGUUGCACAUUCUCAUUUAUGAAUGAAUCAUGUAACUAGCAAUACUGUUUUUAAUAAAAAAGAAAAUGAUUUUUCA